AUGGAAUCGGGGCAGAUGGAAUUGUGGCAGGGUGCCCGAUUGAUUUGUGGCGGAGCGCCCGAAGGAUUCGAGGCAAGGUGCCCGAUAGCAUCGAGGCAGGGUGCCCGAUGGAAUCGGGGCAGGGUGCCCGAUGGGAUCGGGGCAGGGUGCCCGAUGGGAUCGGGGCAGGGUGCCCGAUGGGAUCGGGGCAGGGUGCCCGAUGGGACCGGGAUGGAAGAAACCCGAUCUAUUCCGAUGUUCAGAUGUGAACAAAUCGAGAGUGGAAAGCUUGCUAAAGAGUGGCAAGAAUGGAAGCGCUCAUUGGAAUAUUACUUCGAGGCAUGUCAAUUGCACGAUCAGAAAAUGAUGCGUUCUAAGAUGUUACAUCUUGGCGGGCCACAGCUUCAGAAAGUUUUUGGCACUCUUGAAGGAACUGAAGACUUCCCUCUGUUGAAAGACUGUGGACUGGAGAAAUACUCACAUGAGGUGAAAAGCGUUUUAGAAGAAACUAUGCUGAUCGAUGUGAUUGUUGAAGGAUGUAUCUCCCAUGAAUUGCGUCGGAAGAUACUUGAGAAGGAUCAGUCGCUAAGUGAUAUUGAGGCACUCGGGGAAUCGCUCGAAAGUGUUCGGAUUCAAGAACAGGAACUCAAGAUCGGGAAAAGUGGAACUGAGUCAGGAUUCAAUGAAAUUUGUAAGGUCCAGAACGUGUUGAAGUCAAGGAAGGAGCGCAGAGAGGAUCGUAUCGCGAGUCGUUUCGCUACACCGGCGUCUAGUUUGAGCAAGGAUGUCACCUGCCCUGCGAAGGACCAGAUCUGUCGACGGUGCAGAAAAACCGGCCAUUUCGAAAAUGUUUGUCGUAAACAACCUGAGUCACGAUCAUCGGCUCCACCGAAGAAAGUACAAAUAGUCGAAAAUGUACAAGAUGACAUCUAUGAUUCACCUCAACCGACACCGCAACCGGUACAGCAGCCGGAUCCGCAGCCGAUGACUCAUCGCACCGCUGCUGAAAGAAAAGUUUACUAUACCUUCUACACUGGAGGUAAUACGAAUGUAUUCGAUUGUACGGUUGGGGGAGUGAAGAUCGACAUGUUCAUCGAUUCUGGAUCAGAUGUGAACUUGGUCACAUCCGAUGCCUGGGAAAAAUUAAAAGCACAACAGGUUGUUGUUUCAAAAUGUGAACGUGGCAGCAGUAAGAUAUUGAAAGCAUACGCAUCAAGUGAACCACUCACUAUUCUGGGAACCUUUCAAGCGGAAAUUAAACUAGGAAGAAGAUCCAUCAAUGCGGAAUUUCUGGUCAUUAAGAAUGGACAGCGUAACCUACUUGGCGAUACUACUUCGAAGGAGUUAGGAAUCCUGAAGAUUGGGUUGGAGUCGAACCGAGUUACGGAUGAUAACAACCGCGUCUCUCCAUUUUCUAAAAUCGUCGAUACUAAGGUACGAAUUUCUAUGGACCCAUCAUUCACUCCAGUCUUCCAGCCGCUAAGACGAAUCCCGAUUCCUCUAGAAGGAGCGGUUAAUCAGAAGCUUGAUGAAUUGCUACGCAGGGACAUAAUCGAACCGAAGGAAGGUCCAGCAAGCUGGGUAUCACCACUGGUGGUCGCCAACAAAGCAAACGGUACCAUUCGCCUAUGUGUUGAUUUACGCCGUGUCAAUCAAGCCGUUAUUCGCGAAAGACAUCCUAUGCCAGUUAUUGAUGAGGUUUUGGCGAAAAUAGGAAGAGGAAAAGUUUGGAGCGUCCUUGAUGUUAAGGAUGCAUUCUUCCUAUUGGAAUUAGAAGAAGAAUCAAGAAAUAUUGUGACGUUUAUCACACACCGUGGGCUGUACCGUUUCAAACGGCUACCGUUCGGGCUUGUAUCAGCCCCAGAGAUUUUUCAGCGAAAAAUGGAUGAAAUUCUGGCCGACUGCGAAGGUAUAUAUUGGUAUCUGGACGACAUUGGGGUAGAAGGCAGUACAAUUGAGGAACACGAUGCGAGACUGGAAAAGGUUCUUAAAAGGUUCGAGGAAAAAGGUGUCAUUUUGAACUGGGAAAAGUGCAAAAUACGAGUAACGGAUUUUGAGUUUCUUGGAUAUCAUAUUAACCCACAAGGAAUCAUGCCAUCUGAUUCAAAACGUAAUGCGAUUUUGUCAUUUCGUCAGCCACAAAAUGAAAGUGAAGUUAGGAGCUUCCUGGGGCUUGCUAAUUACAUGGGGAAGUUUAUCCCUGAGUUGGCGGCUAUAGACGAGCCUCUGAGGCGACUGACUCAGAAAGAUGUGAAAUUCCAUUGGGGCGAAAAAGAGGAAUCUGCGUUUCAUGCCAUUAAACAGAAAUUGGCCAGCGCUGAAAGAUUAGGGUUCUAUAAGUUAGAAGAUCAAACAUCUGUCAUCGCCGAUGCAAGUCCACAUGCCUUAGGUGGCGUGCUGGUUCAAACUGAUACAAGUGGCGUUUCACGUGUCAUCUGCUAUGCUUCCAAGUCUCUGACAGAUACAGAGAGACGAUACUGCCAGACAGAAAAGGAGGCAUUAGCACUAGUCUGGAGUGUAGAAAGGUUCCAGAUCUACUUGAUUGGUAGAGAGUUUAAUCUGUUAACAGACUGCAAAGCAUUAACUUUCCUUUUUACUCCUGUGUCUCGUCCAUGUGCACGUAUCGAGCGAUGGGUCUUACGGUUGCAGAGCUUCCAAUACAAAAUUGUGCAUAUCUCAGGACACACCAAUAUUGCUGAUGUGUUGUCUCGUCUAUCGACAUCUCUCCCUAUACCGUUUGAUGAAAUGGAAGAAUUAGUUGUCAACGAAAUAUUUACCGCCGCAGCAAAGAUGAUUGCAGUCAAAUGGGAAGAGAUAGAAAACAUAAGCCGCGAUGAUCCUGAAAUCAUGGAAAUCAGUCAAGCACUGAGAUCAGAAAUUCUUCGUGCUGACAAUGGGCCACAAUUUUCUUCGGAAGAGUUUCGUUCGUUCUGUGAAGAGUACGGUAUACAUCUAGAGAGUACAAUCCCUUACUGGCCACAAAUGAAUGGAGAGGUGGAACGCCAGAACCGUUCCAUUUUGAAGCGUUUGCGAAUAGCUCAAGAGUUAGGUCAGAAUUGGAAGGAGGAGUUGCGAAAAUAUCUGUUGAUGUACCACUCAACAGCCCACACAACUACGGGAAAGGCUCCAGCGGAGCUUAUGCUUGGUCGUAAAGUGCGUACAAAGUUGCCAUAUGUUCCGGUGACAACAGCAGGCUCUGAGGCACUAAGAGACAGAGACAGAUUAGAGAAGGAGAAGGGAAAGGACAAAGAAAGAUAA